CGAUGAGCACCAAUGGGCCAGAGACGCGUGACAUAACAACCACGCAAUUGAAGUCGAACCACAAGGAGUGCCAAUGUCCUUACCGCAACACAACAUGCGGCCUCGUCGCUCAUUUUUAUCCACUCUGUCGUCCUAUCUGAAAGUACUUCCCUGGCAUCUAUGGCUAUGUUUUCCCAAAUCCAUAAGAUCCUCCAUUUACCUCUGUCUCGAAAAGUGGUAUGGUGUUGGAGAAUGGAGUGUAUGGCAUCUUCCUUUCGGUCUGAUUCUCAAACACACUCAGGAUCGUCCCCCAGAGAUCGAGGCGAACAAUAUCAAGUUCGUCCGCGAAAAUACGACUAUUCCUGUCCCCCGCAUUCUUGACGUUCUUCCUGAUAUACCAACGGGAACGAAAUAUCCGGAUGGGUUGAUCCUCAUGACCGAAAUCAAAGGCAUAACACUGGCACAGUGGCUCCGUGCAAAGACUACAUACCCUCUCGAGUCUGACCAUUAUAAGGUCCUCAUCUUUGGUCCCCCCCCCACCUCCGCAGCGGACGUAGUCUCAGAGAGCUAUCCGAUCUUAUGGAAUCCUUCAACAGACCUGUCCUCGAUCUCUCAGAUAGUGCGCAGCUCAUUGCCGACCUGAAACAGGCUGUUACUGAACUUCGCUCCUUCCUGCUCCUCCUUCCAGUGAGGUUUCUGGCCCUUACGGCUCACCAUUCGUACACAUACGCUGCAGAGAUCGUUACGUCGUGCAGCCGCUAACGAAUAUCCACGCUUUUCAUGACAUGUUACUUGCAAAUGUGUCUUGGGUAAGCCGCAUGCCUCGUCUCCUCCAGUUAGCGUCACCUGUAUACGCCAAACCGCAUAAACUGUGCUUCUCGCACUGUGACCUCAACAAGACUAACAUCCUCGUCGCUGAGGACGGCCGAUUGGCUGCUAUUAUUGAUUGGGA